CGACUACAAUUUCCGUCCAAUCUGCACCAUAUUUUCAACGUGUCAAAUCUCUCUCUCUCUCUCUCUCCAGCUUCUCCGAGUUUCACGGCGGUCAAAGUUGAUGAGAACACGAGCUCAGCUACGACUGGCAAUUGGGGCCUAAACCUCUGCCGCCCGAGCUUUGUUUUUCUUUGAUGUUUUAUUGGUCCUCUGGUUUCGUCAAGUAAACAAGGUAGGGUAGGGAAAGAAGACAGUGGGUAGCUGGGGGGAAUAGAUAUUGCUUUGGCUCGUUUUCUUUUGGAUAUUUUGAAAUUAUGGAACGGUAUGAGAUUCUGAAAGAAAUUGGGUCUGGGAAUUUUGGAGUAGCCAAGCUGGUUAAAGAUAGGUGGACCGGAGAACUCUUUGCUGUUAAGUUUAUUGAGAGAGGCCACAAGAUUGAUGAACAUGUGCAAAGGGAAAUCAUGAACCAUAGGUCAUUGAAGCAUCCUAAUAUUGUUAGAUUCAAAGAGGUCCUGCUAACGCCAACACAUUUAGCUAUAGUAAUGGAGUAUGCUGCUGGAGGUGAACUCUUUGAGAGGAUAUGCAAUGCUGGUAGAUUUAGUGAAAAUGAGUCAAGGUUUUUCUUUCAGCAACUGAUAUCAGGGGUCAGCUACUGUCAUUCAAUGCAAAUCUGUCAUAGAGAUCUUAAACUUGAAAAUACACUCUUAGAUGGCAGCACAGCACCAUGUGUUAAAAUAUGUGAUUUUGGGUACUCAAAGUCAUCUGUGUUCCAUUCACAACCAAAGUCUACUGUAGGGACACCAGCUUACAUUGCACCUGAGGUAUUGUCUAAGAAAGAAUAUGAUGGAAAGAUUGCAGAUGUUUGGUCUUCUGGUGUCACCUUAUAUGUGAUGCUAGUUGGGGCUUAUCCAUUUGGAGAUCCUAAUGAUCCGAGAAACUUCAGAAAAACAAUUGGGCGGAUACUUAGUGUCCACUAUGAAAUUCCUGAUUUUGUCCAAGUUUCCAUGGAAUGUAGACAUCUUCUAUCUCGGAUAUUCGUUGCCAACCCCGAAAAGAGAAUGACUAUCCCAGAAAUUAAAAACCACCCAUGGUUCUUAAAGAACUUGCCUGUAGAACUAAUGGAAGGAGGAAGCUGGCAGAGUAAUGAUGUAAAUAACCCCUCACAGAGCAUCGAGGAAGUAUUGUCUAUUAUUCAAGAGGCAAUGAAACCUCUUGCGGUCCCCGAGGUUGGCGCGCAUAUCCUCGGAGGAGGCAUCGAUCUUGACUUAGAUGCUGAUGCAGAUCUUGAAGAUAUAGAAACAAGUGGUGAUUUUGUGUGACCGCUAUGAGUUGUAGGGUAGAUAAAGCUCAUGCUUUGUUGUGGUUUUGUUUUUACCACUCAUUGUAGAAUCUGUCCUGCAGUUUGAGCAGAGAAAAAGGCUAUUCAUGUCAUCGUGUAAUAUUUGCUUUUCGUAGUUUCCUCGAUAAAAAAUUUAUGUUGCUUGGUUUGUU